UCUCAAACACGCGGUUCCCCUUCUCCCGCGCGGCAGCAGAGCCGGAGCUGGGCGCGGGGGAGGCGGGGGGCGUCCCAGAGGGGAUCCCGCCCCCUCCCCCGGUCACCCGGAGCCCCCGCACCCACGUGAGCGCAGGGCCAGCUCGGAUCCCGCCAGCUGCACAGCGCGUCCCGGCUCCGCGCCGGUGCCUCCGCGGUCUGUCCCUGAGCCAGCGCUUCACGGUUCCUGGCGGGUCCCCGCGGCCCCGGCCGGGCGCUUCGCCGGGCUCCGGCUCCUGAUCUGGGCGCAGCGCGCAGGCCGAGGCGCGGGUGGGCCGUCCAGCGGCUCCGGACGCCGGUAGACCAUGAGCAGCCACGGCAACAGCCUGUUCCUGCGGGAGAGCGGCCAGCACCUUGGCGGGGUGGGCUGGCUGCAGGGGCUGCAGGACAGCAUGCAGCAGAGAGCGCUGCGCACGCGCCUGCGCCUGCAGACCAUGACUCGAGAGCACGUGCUGCGCUUCCUGCGCCGGAAUGCCUUCAUCCUGCUCACUGUCAGCGCAGUGGUCAUAGGGGUCAGCCUAGCCUUUGCUUUGCGCCCGUACCAGCUCACCUACCGUCAGAUCAAGUAUUUCUCCUUCCCUGGUGAGCUUCUCAUGAGAAUGCUGCAGAUGCUGGUGCUGCCCCUCAUUGUCUCCAGCCUGGUCACAGGUAUGGCAUCCUUGGACAACAAGGCAACAGGGCGGAUGGGCAUGAGGGCAGCUGUGUACUACAUGGUGACCACGGUCAUUGCGGUCUUCAUUGGCAUCCUCAUGGUCACCAUCAUCCAUCCUGGGAAGGGCUCUAAGGAGGGGCUGCAUCGCGAGGGCCGCAUUGAGACCAUCCCCACAGCUGACGCCUUCAUGGACCUGGUCAGAAAUAUGUUUCCACCCAACCUUGUGGAGGCCUGCUUCAAACAGUUCAAGACACAGUACAGCACGAGGGUGGUGACCAGGACCGUGGUGCGGACAGAGAAUGGGUCUGAGCUGGGUGCCUCCAUGCUGCCUCCGACCUCAAUGGAAAAUGAAACCAGCAUCCUGGAAAAUGUCACUCGGGCCUUGGGCACCCUGCAGGAGGUGCUCAGCUUUGAGGAGACCGUGCCUGUGCCGGGUUCAGCCAACGGUAUCAAUGCCUUGGGCCUCGUGGUCUUCUCUGUGGCCUUUGGGCUGGUCAUUGGUGGCAUGAAACACAAGGGCCGGGUCCUGAGGGACUUCUUUGACAGCCUCAAUGAGGCUAUUAUGAGGCUGGUGGGCAUCAUCAUCUGGUAUGCACCUGUGGGCAUCCUGUUCCUGAUUGCUGGGAAGAUUCUGGAAAUGGAAGACAUGGCCGUCCUUGGGGGUCAGCUGGGCAUGUACACACUGACUGUCAUCGUGGGCCUGUUCCUCCACGCUGGCGGCGUCCUGCCCCUCAUCUACUUCCUCGUCACCCACCGGAACCCCUUCCCCUUUAUUGGGGGGGUGCUGCAGGCCCUCAUCACUGCCAUGGGCACAUCUUCCAGCUCUGCCACCCUGCCCAUCACCUUCCGCUGCCUGGAGGAGGGCCUGGGUAUAGACCGCCGCAUCACCCGAUUUGUGCUGCCGGUGGGGGCCACCGUCAACAUGGAUGGCACGGCCCUCUAUGAGGCCUUGGCUGCCAUUUUUAUUGCUCAAGUCAACAACUAUGAGCUCAACCUGGGCCAGAUCACCACAAUCAGCAUCACGGCCACAGCGGCCAGCGUUGGGGCUGCUGGCAUCCCCCAGGCCGGCCUGGUCACCAUGGUCAUUGUGCUCACGUCUGUUGGGCUGCCCACGGAAGAUAUCACACUGAUCAUAGCUGUGGACUGGUUCCUGGACCGGCUUCGCACGAUGACCAAUGUGCUGGGGGACUCCAUUGGAGCCGCCGUCAUUGAGCACUUGUCCCAGAGGGAGCUGGAGUUGCAGGAGGCUGAGCUCACCCUCCCUAGCCUGGGGAAGCCCUACAAGUCACUCAUGACACAAGAAAAGGGGGUGUCCAGGGGCCGGGGAGGCAACGAGAGUGCCAUGUGAGGGGCCUUCAGCUCUUCUCCAAGGCAGGAAGGAAGGGGACUGGGGAGGGGACCCUGAGGACAGUCGGCUGCUCAGCCGACCCUGGGCUGCACCCACGAGUUCUGCUUGGCUUCUUUGUGAGAGGAACUAAGAUAAAGGAGCAGGAGUGAAACCUAUUCAGGGUCUGUGUUUGUCUCAGAGCACAGGCUGAGAGAGGGAGCGAGCCAGAAAGGGGAGGAAAAUUUUCUCCUGGGUUUUGGGGGAGAGGAGGCUUCAGGUUCAACAAGAAGAAAGGUCACCUGGUGUUAUUUAUUGUCUCAAGGACUGGUGGAACUGAAGAGGGUAAAGAAAAACUGUACUGUUUCUCAUAAUAAAA